AUGCCCUACCCCAUGCAACUAGGCUUCCAAGAUGCUACCUCUCCUAUUAUAGAAGAACUAAUAUACUUCCAUGACCACACACUUAUAAUCGUCUUUUUAAUCAGCUCUCUAGUGCUCUACAUCAUUAUCUUAAUAUUAACUACAAAAUUAACCCAUACAAGCACUAUAGACGCUCAAGAAGUUGAAACAAUUUGAACUAUCAUACCAGCAGUGAUUCUAGUCCUAAUUGCCCUCCCUUCACUACGAAUUCUCUACAUAAUAGACGAAAUCUAUAACCCCUAUCUAACAGUCAAAGCUAUAGGCCAUCAAUGAUAUUGAAGCUAUGAGUAUACCGAUUGUGAAGAUCUAACAUUUGACUCCUACAUAAUCCCUACUCAAGACCUACGCCCCGGCCAACUGCGACUCCUAGAAGUAGACAAUCGAGUAGUCCUACCUAUGGAACUGCCCAUUCGUAUACUAAUCUCCUCAGAAGAUGUCUUACAUGCAUGAGCCGUCCCAUCACUAGGACUAAAAGCUGAUGCUAUCCCAGGACGACUUAAUCAAGUCACCCUAACAUCAUCUCGACCAGGAGUGUUUUACGGACAAUGCUCAGAGAUCUGUGGAUCUAACCACAGCUUUAUGCCAAUUGUCCUAGAAAUAACCUCGCUUAAAUACUUCGAAAAGUGAUCAUCUAUAAUGCAAUCAU